CACCCCCGUAUGAAAGCCAGGAGAAGAACUAAGUUGCAUAUAAAUUUAAGUGAGUCCAGCAGUCAGUGCAGCAGCAGCAGCAGCAGCAGAGACAGGGAACAACGUCAUCGUCUCCUCCUCCUCCUCCUCCUCUUCUUCUUCUUGUUGACCAAACCUAACAUCCCGGGCUGGAUUUAUUUGGGAAUCACCACAACUGGAGAGCAGCACCUGGUUGAUUGAUCUCAAGGGUCUGAGUUUCCAUGAUGGACGACCACUCCCAUGGCAGUCCCCAACACGGUGGAGGCCAGGCCGGCAUGGAGUCCCCGCAGCAAGGCAGGCAGGGAGUCAUCAGGUGCGGGUGGCUCAGGAAGCAAGGAGGCUUUGUAAAAACCUGGCACAAUCGCUGGUUUGUCCUGCGAGGGGACCAACUCUUCUACUACAAGGACGAGGAGGAGAGCAAAGCUUUGGGAGCCAUUUUCCUACCUGGCAACAAAGUAACAGAACAUCCAAGCAGUGGCGAUGAAGCGGGAAAAUAUCUCUUUGAGGUCAUUCCAGGGGGAGACAGAGAGCGGAUGACAACCAACCAUGAGACCUACCUCCUUAUGGCCAGCACCCAGAAUGACAUGGAGGAUUGGGUGAAGACCAUCCGCAGGGUCAUAUGGGCUCCUUUUGGUGGAGGGAUCUUUGGUCAGAAGUUGGAGGAGACGGUGCGAUAUGAGCGUCGCUUCGGGAACAAGCUGGCCCCCAUGCUGGUGGAGCAGUGCGUGGACUUCAUCCGCCAGAGGGGCCUACAUGAGGAGGGUCUUUUCAGACUACCUGGACAGGCCAACCUGGUCAAAGAGCUGCAGGAGGCCUUUGACUGUGGAGAGAAACCCUUGUUUGACUGCAACACAGAUGUGCACACAGUAGCGUCGCUGCUAAAGCUCUACCUCCGAGAGCUCCCCGAGCCUGUCAUUCCCUUCCACAAGUACGAAGACUUCCUGUCCUGCACCAAGCUUCUUGGGAAGGACGACGACGCGGGUACGAAGGAGCUGAGAAAACUUGUCCAAGGUCUACCUCCAGUCAACUACAAUCUUCUCAAGUACAUCUGCAGAUUUCUAGAUGAAGUCCAGUCGUAUUCCGGGGUGAACAAAAUGAGCGUGCAGAACUUGGCAACGGUAUUUGGUCCAAACAUCCUUAGGCCAAAGGUGGAGGAUCCGGUUGCCAUCAUGGAAGGAACUGUUCUGGUCCAGCAGCUCAUGGCGCUUUUGAUCGGCCGGUACGAUACGCUGUUCCCUCGGGAUGAGAACAACCCGGCGGGAAUUGAGCCUGCCAACAACAACAACAUGGAGUUGCCGAGGCGACAAGCGGCCGCUGUGGGUACAGUGGCUCAGAACACUGAGAACAACAACGUGCAGGCGGUGCGUCAGUGCGUUUGGGAGGCGCCGGAGUCUCCUACCUGCCAGCAUCAAGACAACGGUGGCUCGCCACGUUCCGCCAGCCCUCGUAACGUUCCAGGACGCUUCGAAAUCACCCGCAGUCCGCCGCUGACUGUUAAAAAGAACCCUGCGUUUAGCAAAGGCAGUGGGAUCGUUACGAACGGUUCCUUUAGCUCCUCAUCGGAUCCAAACCAAGAAAAGUGUCAGACUCUGAUUAGCGGAGGGAGCUUACCGGGGCGCCGAAACGGGACGCUGAAGGGCUCGGGUACAAAAAUGGGAACCAGCGGCGUUACAAGCGUAGGGAACGCAAAUGGAGUUCUUCGCAUGGGGCCUUCUGCGCCGGACGGAGUUCUGAACGGUCGCUGCGGCCUUUGGGUACCAAACGGAUGCGUCACGUUGCGGGAGAACACCAAAGCACGCGACUACCCCAACGGGGAUCAAACCUCCAAUCAGAACCGUCUGUCCACGUACGACAACGUCCACUUAAACCAGCAGAACAUGCACAACCACGCCCCGCCCACUUGCCUCAACAGCAGCAGCGAGGACAAGCAGAGCGUGGACAGCGCCACCUGGUCCACCUCCUCCUGCGAGAUCUCCCUGCCGGAGAACUCCACGUCCUGCCGCUCCUCAACCACCACCUGCCCCGAGCAGGACUUCUACAGCUGCCACUACGAGGAACUGGACGGACCCACGCAGGACGUGGAGUCAGGCGGCAGGGCGGAUGACGAGGGGCGGGACAGCGGCAACAGGGACGGGGGCGGCGACGGGGCGGCGAGGAGCUGCAGCGAGCACAGUACCAAGUUCAGCGGAGGGGCAGGCGGUCACAGCGCACUGCACAGCCUGGUGGCCAGUCUCAAACUGGAGAUGCACAAGCAGAAGUCAGAGUACGAGGCCAGGAUCAAGAGCUUGGAGCAGCGCAACCUGGAGCUGGAGUCGGAGAUGGUGAGCCUCCACGAGGAGCUGGACCAGGAGAGAAAGAAGUACACCAUGGCCGAGAUCAAGCUGCGCAACGCCGAGCGCGCCAAGGACGACGCCGAGCGGCGGAAUCACAUGUUACAGAAGGAGAUGGAGCAGUUUUUCUCCACGUUUAGCGACCUCACCGCCACGGGGAACGUUGCCGCCGGCGCUGCAACCACGGAGCCCCGUCGGCCGGAUCGCAGCAACCCCAUCUGGAUACAGUGAAGGUGCGCUCCGAUUGUUACGGGGAAUCUAAACUUCCGCUAGCAGUACUAGUGAGACAAACAAAAACUGGAAAACAGUUGCUUUCUAACAUGAGCUAACUGAUGGCCGACUUUUACCUCUCAGAACUACGACCCGCGAGCGUCUUCAAUUUGGCCCGCGAAACAUCUUGAGUUUAUUAAGGAGUCUGGCCUGCAGGGUGUUAUCCAAUUAGUUUGAAAUAUCUGACAAAGCUAUUGCUGCAACUUUGCCGCCGGUUUUGUGGACAAGGGGGAAAAUUCAGGUCAAUGACCAUGAAUUGUGACUUGUCGCGAACGCAGCACAGCCUUUACUUGUAUGACCCAAUCCAGAAAACCUUCCCUGAUAAUGCCGCAAAAAAAAUGCAACUAAUACAAACAGUCAACACACAUACCGUAUUUCCUUGAAUUGCCGCCGGGUAUAUAUUAUCCACAUGCCUCGUUUUACCGCCGGGUCAAACUCGUUUCGCAAAAUAAUUAGCGCAUGCUUAGAAUUACUGCCGGGUCAAACUUGUUUAGCAAAAUAAUUAGCGCAUGUCUCGUUUUACCGCCGGGUCAAACUCGUCACGUCACGAGUGACACUUCACCUUUCAAGGCAUCAUUUUCCAAAAUGGAGGAGGCUAAUUUCAAUCAUUUAAAAUCGCAUUAAGGGAAGAAGAUAAAGAGCUAUUCAGUAGGAUUUAAGGUCCAAGCUAUUGAAUAUGCUAAAAAGAACAGUAAAAAUGUUUUAUUAAUAAAGUUGCGUGUGUCAAAUAUGAGUCAUUAAAUGACUCUCGCCUCAUGGUGGUAGAGGGCGCUAGUGAUCCCAGGAAUCAUUCUUGCGACUACUCGGCUGCAGAAGAAGUGACAACGACAGUUUUCUAAACUGGACUUUCAUUCGAAGCAGGAGGUAAUAAUUAAAGGAAGAUCUCCAUCGAGACAGAGAGACUUUUAAAACUGAAGAAAGAUAAGGAAGACUUCUAUAAACAAGUUAUCGAUGCUUUUGUUCAGAAGGAGCGGCACAUGGACUUCAUUUAUAAGUAAAAGGUAAGACCAUAAUAACGUUUUUUUUAUUAAAUGUGCUUUUCAUGAUGGUAUCCUUACAUCACACUAAAAUUUAUAAGCGCAGCCCUAAAUUUACCGCAUGCCUUUGGUAAGCGCCGGAGUGAGAAGAGGUUUUAAAUUAAUUACCGCCCCGGCGCUAAUUCAAGGAAAUACGGUAUAACACAGCGUGCUCUCUCAACUUUGUGAAUGUUGUACAAAACGUACAUGCGCCUUGCAAAAAAUUCUAAAUUACACCCAUUUAAAUCUAUUACAAUGCAUGAUGGGAAAAAUGCAAAACACUCUCUUCACACUUAUCCAUGUUUGGUGCAUUUUAGCUGCUUUGGUGCAUUUUAGCUGCUUGAUAUUUCUGAUUGAUUAAAACACUUUAAGGAGGUCGUCAGGGACGUAAACAAGGUAGGAUUCAAACUUUCACAUACUCUUAAUAUUCAUUUAUAUUAGCUAUCUAUCAUUAUAUUGUAUAAUGUGUAGAUACAGUAUAUGUACACACACAUAUAUACCGUAUUUUUCGGACUGUAAGUCGCAGUUUUUUUCAUAGUUUGGCCGGGAGUGCGACUUAUACUCAGGAGCGACUUAUGUGUGAAAUGAUUAACACAUUACCGUAAAAUAUCAAAUAAUAUUAUUUAGCUCAUUCACGUAAGAGACUAGACGUAUAAGAUUUCAUGGGAUUUAGCGAUUAGGAGUGACAGAUUGUUUGGUAAACAUAUAGCAUGUUCUAUAUGUUCUAGUUAUUUGAAUGACUCUUACCAUAAUAUGUUACGUUAACAUACCAGGCACGUUCUCAGUUGGUUAUUUAUACGUCAUAUAACGUACACUUAUUCAGCCUGUUGUUCAUUAUUCUUUAUUUAUUUUAAAUUGCCUUUCAAAUGUCUAUUCUUGGUGUUGGGUUUUAUCAAAUAACUUUCCCCAAAAAAUGCGACUUAUACUCCAGUGCGACUUAUAUAUGUUUUUUUCCUUCUUUAUUGUGCAUUUUCGGCCGGUGCGACUUAUACUCCGGAGCGACUUAUACUCCGAAAAAUACGGUAUGUAUAUAGGCUAUGUAUGUAUAUACAUGUGUAUAGUUAUUUAUAGUAUAUAGUUAUUUUACAUGCUUUCGGCACUCGACCAAAACCUUUUUUAUCCUAAUGCCGUCCCCUAAUGAAAAAGUUUGGACACCCUUGUUCUACACAAAACAAAGGCAGCAUGAAAAAAGUUACUCAAGUAAGUAACAACCCAGCAGGCACAAGACAUUGAUACAACGUUGAUUAUACGUACACGUGUCUUUUAAAACUGACUUUGAAACAACAUUGCAAAAUAGUUAAUUGAGACAACGUUGAUGUCUAACGUUGGAUCCACGUUGUUGGUUGGGAAACGACCACAUUUCAACGGUCAAAUCAACCUGACGUUGAAUAAAUGUUGUCAAAAAGCAAGUGGUUUCAACGUUGUAUUUGUGUUGUAAGAUAUUGGUUGAAAAAUGGCCAAAAUUCAAUGGUCAAAUCAACGUCAGGAACCCAACAUUGAUUAAACGGCUCCCCUCCACCGGUGGCCAUUUUGUGCUAUACAUACAUGUCCUUUAAAACUGACUUCGAAACAAUGUUGCAAAAUAGUUGUAUUUGAAAUUUUAGACAAUGUUGAUGUAUAACGUUGGAUCCACGUUGUUGGUUGGGACAUGACAAAAAAAAAAGCAUGUUUCAACGUUGUAUUUGUGUUGUAAAAUAUUGGUUGGGAAAUGACUAAAAUUCAAUGGUAGAAACAACGUCAGAACCUAACAUUAAAAAAACGUCAUCAAAAAGCAUGUUGUUCCAACGUUACGUUUGAGUGGCUGAACGUCAGGACCUAAUUCAACAAGUUCUCACCGUGGUUUUAAUGUCUUGUGCCUGCUGGGACUCUCGAGAACAACCCGUCUAUAUGCUCCUAUGUCUUUUUCUUUGACUUAUUAAAGGCAUCUAAAUAAGGUAAAUCAGUGAUUCUGAAACUGUGGUACGCCAAAGAAUCACCUAAUUAAAUAUUCAAACACAGUGUUGCUGUUCAAACUGUGUGUGAUGUUACAGUGGCCAAAAAUAUCACCUCUGCCUUGUUUCUGAUGAUUACUUAGGCCUACUUUGCUACUCUAUUCUAAUGUUGAUCAUUAUGGUGAUACUAGGUCAAACAGUUUGAGAAGCACUGAGGUAAACAAUAAAAAAGACACAAAGGUACUGUUAGCGCCAAUGACCGCCCUUUGAGUGAUACACUAUGUUGCCAAAAGUAUUUGGCCACCUGCCUUUACUCACAUAUGAACUUGAAGUGCCAUCCCAUGGAAUUGUCCAAAAUAUUUUGGUAUCCUGGAGAAUUUAAAGUUCCUUUCACUGGAACUAAGGGGCCAAGCCCAACUCCUGGAAAAACUAACCCCACACCAUAAUUCCUCCUCCACCAAAUUUCACACUCGACACAAUGCAGUCCGAAAUGUAGCGUUCACCUGGCAACCUCCAAACCCAGACUGGUCCAUCAGAUUGCCAGAUGGAAAAGCGUGAUUCAUCAGUCCACAGAAGGCGUCUCCACUGCUCUAUGCUUGGCAUUGGACUUGGUGAUGUAUGGCUUAGAUACAGCUGCUCGGCCAUGGAAAACCAUUACAUGAAGCUCUCUGCGUACUGUAUGUGGGCUAAUUGGAAAGUCACAUGAAAUUAGGAGCUCUGUAGCAACUGACUGUGCAGAAAGUCUUUGCACUAUGCGCUUCAGCAUCCGCUGAGCCCUCUCUGUCAGUUUACGUGGCCUACCACUUGGUGGCUGACUUGCUGUUGUUCCCAAACUCUUCACUUUUCUUAUAAUACAGUUGACUUUGGAAUAUUUAGGAGCGAGGGAAUUUCACGACUGGAUUUGUUGCACAGGUGGCAUCCUAUGACAGUUCCACGCUGGAAAUCACUGAGAGCGGCCCAUUUCUUUCACAAAUGUUUGUAGAAACAGUCUCCAUGCCUAAGUGCUCGAUUUUAUACACCGAGCCAAGUGAUUAGGACACCUGAUUCUCAUCAUUUGGAUGUGUGCCCAAAUACUUUUGGCAAUAUAGUGUACGUGGCUUUGUUGUUAGCUUUGGUUUUAGCAUUACGAGUCCACAAACAGCUGACACUUCUUCUUCAUUUGUUCGUUUGUUUGACUUUUGAGCAUCAAAGGUCAUCGUUAGCCCCGACUUCCUGUCGAGUUUCCGUCCGGUUGAAAUGUAAAAACAACUCGCGUUAACAACCCCGUAGAAUCGCUUCUGUUAAAUGUUAUGUCGUCAGCGAGUAUAGCUAGCGGAAGUUAAAAAAAAUGAUGAAUAAAAGGCGGUCAAUGUCAGUAAUUUUCUGUAAAUACAAGACUAUUUAAAUCCUAUAAAACUCACAAACGUACGUUGUUAGACCCAAUUGUCACUCGUGAUGCUCGUCUGAGGGAAGACAUUUUCUCCAUCCACAAAAAGUGGACUGAGAAAGCAACUGGACUUGACUGAGAAUCAACACAGACCUCGGUCCUUAUUUACAAACAAGUUUCAAUGUACUUCUGUAUUAUGUUCAUGUACAUAACCGGGGAAAUGAGUCUUAUGUAUAAAAUGCAUACAUCCAUGUCUAUGUGCUAUUUAAAAGAGUUAUCCGUGUGUGUGUGUGUGUGUGUGUGUGUGUGUGUGUGUGUGUGUGUGUGUGUGUGUGUGUGUGUGUGUGUCUGUGUGUGUGUGUGUGUGUGUGUGUGUGUGUGUGUGUGUGUGUGUGUGUGUGUGUGUGUGUGUGUGUGUUCUGGCAAUGCUCACUUAAUGGGGACAUCGCUCUGUUUACACAGUCAAAUUUAGGGGACCUCGGACGGUAUGGGGACAAAAAAACAGGUCCCCUAAAGGGACACCUUUUUAAAUGAUAGUCAGAUCCAUUCUGAAGAUGCCCAAGUGAUUUUGAAGCUUUGACCCAUAAAACAUGUUUACUGGUUAGUCAGAAAAUUAAUUUUCUUGAAAAGUGAAACAUUUGUUAUCCUGGCAUUAAUAGUACUGUGAUUCUGUAUGGUAUCCAUCCUUAGUUAAAACUAAUAUAUUUUUACAAAAACAAAAUCUGGUUUAGUGUUCCUUAGAAUGACAUUUUCAUACAGCAUGAUUAUAAAACAUUAUUACCUUAAAGCAGGGGUCGGCAACCUUCAGCAUACAAAGAGCCAUUGGAGCCCAUUUCCCCCCCAAAUAAAACCCACCUAGAGCCACAAACUCUGUUAUAUUCCUAAAAUGACAAUAACACCACUUAUAGUUUCCUUAACUUGUGCUAUAAGACUUAUGAAAAUAAACUCUUAUUUGAUGUAUUUCUGGGUAUAACGAAGCAAAUCAUCAAAUUAUUUUCAACUUUAGAAAAAAAUACACUGUUCCUUCCCUUAUUAAUGAAUAAAAAAAUAAAAAUCAACUCAUUCCAAUGUUCUGAAGGCAUACGAUUGCGGCAUAUUCAUUUGACUAAAAAUGUAAAACAACUACCUAGUCAUCAAUAAAAACAGAAAAUUAAUAAAAAUGGAAAUAAAUAAAAUGUUUCUCUUUUUUGAUCCAUCCAUUGCUAGGGGUUGACCGCUAAAAACAAUACAAUUGCACGGCAGCAAGAGAUGACGCAUAAGGGCUGUGACAUACAUUUCCAUCGACAAUAUAUUAAAAUGUGUUUUAUUUUCAUAUGACAAAAUCCCAGAACUCUUCAAAAUAACAACUGUUAAAUUAAAAUAAACUAAAUAAAAUGAAAUAUAAUAAAUCAAGUAACCAUUAUUUGUUGACAUUGGGUUUCAAAGCCAAAGGGAGCCACGGGGGAGACAUGAACGAGCCGCAGAUUGCAGAACCCUGCCUUAAAGUAUGAUUCACAUUCAGAAUUGUCCAUCCUUCUAUACAUGCUAGUUGGAGUUGCAGACAACUUCAUUACUGCUAAAUAGCAGUUCUCAGUAAUGUCACAGAAGAUGCAGGAUUUGCUUUAACAUUUAAGUGGUGAAACUUCCUAUAAGAGGACAGCUGUAGUGCUGUAUUCUGAGGACCAUGUCAUAUUUAAUUAGAACUUUUUAUUUUUUAUUUUUAAAUGGUCCUCUGUAGUCACGUACACAUUUGUGCGAAUUGUGCAAAAUGAUUUAAAUUUGGUCCCCAUGAUCCAUAUUAACUCUUUUUCCCCAGGGUCCCCAGUAAGAAUGAUCAGCACGUUACUUCAUCAAUCCAGAGAUUUAAAGACGUGUAUGAGCUAACUGGGCAGUGGCCAUUUUACCUCUUUUUUUUUGUAUGCCUCCACAACCUGUAGAAAGGGUGGUCCCCACAAGUCAUGAUCAAAAACAUGGUCCCCAUUCCAAAUGAUAACCAGUGUGUGUGUGUGUGUGUGUGUGUGUGUGUGUGUGUGUGUGUGUGUGUGUGUGUGUGUGUGUGUGUGUGUGGUCACACUGUACCGUCUUUGCACUUACAUGUUUGAGUGUUCUCGUCCGUGUGCAUCGGGUUUAUGACCAAAAAAAAAGAAAAAAAGGAGAGAGCCUGCUGUAAAUACAUCAUGUAGAUAAUCAACACUGAGGGUGGGAAAUGGCACACAGGCGGUUGUAAAAAGGAACAAUGUUGUGAUGCUAAUGCGGCACGUGGGGUUAGUGGGUGGAUACUGUGAAUCACAGGGACAACAGCAGCAACGGUGUAGCAAAGUGUGCAUGCGUGAAUGACGGGGUUUCCCAAACUUUUUUUUUUUAAUUCUUGGGAUUGCUCCUCCCACCGGUUAUGAAUUAGAACCACCGCCUUUCAUAAAAGAAACACAAUUGAAAGUACUUUACAAAGUCUAAAGUAUGUUUGCACAUGCUUUAGCUGUCAUAUGAUGUCAUUUCAGUCCCUUCUCCUACCAGUUAUUAAUGAUAAUCACCACCUUGUAUAAUGGAAAUGAAUAUACAUUUAAGAAAUAAAGCCACAAAGUCACGAGCACAUGCACAAACAUCUGAUAUAUUACUCUGUGAUUACUCCUCCCGCCAGUUGUUAAUAAUAUUGACAGCUAUGUUAAUGAUAGCUUCCAUCUCACAUAACAAAAAGAUUUAAAAUAGUCCACAAAGUCAAAGCCCAUGUUACAGUUGUUCAUGCCCAAUACAAAGAUGUCAUAUAAAUAAUAUGAUCACUGCUCCCCCCCUUUAUUUAAUAUUGAUGAUUGCUGCCACCUUACAUAAUAGCAGUAAACAAAAAGAUUCAAAAUAAUCCAUAAAGUCAAAGCCCGGGGUAUACAUGUUCAUGUCAAAUGGUAAAAUGUCAUAAAUAAUUUGAUUGCUCCUCUCACCAGUUAUUAUUAUUAACAAUAGCUGCUACCUUACAUAAUGGCAAAAAACUAAACAAUCAAAUUAGUCCACAAAGUCAAAGCCCAUGUUACUUACACUUGUUUGUGCCAAUACGAAAGUGUCAUGUAAAUAAUAUGGUUGCUCCUCCCAUCUUUAUUUAAUAUUGAUGAUAGCUGCCACCUUACGUGAUAGCAGUAAACAAAAAAAUUUAAAAUAAUCCAUGAAGUCAAAGCCUGUGGUACACAUGUUCUUGCCAAAUAGUAAAAUGUCAAAUAAAUAAUUUGAUUUCUCCUCUCGCCAGUUGUUGAUAUAAAUGAUAGUUGCUACCUUACAUAAUAGCAAAAAACAAAAAUAUUCAAAAUAAUCAAUAAAGUCCAAGCCUGUGGUACACGUGUACAUGUCAAAUAGUAAAAUGUCAUAUAAAUAAUAUGAUUGGUCCUCUCACCAGUUAUUAAUAUUAAUGAUAGCUACUACCUUACAUAAUAGCAAAAAACAAAACAAUCAAAAUAGUCCACAAAGUCAAAGCCCAUGUUACUUACACUUGUUCGUGUCAUAUAAAUAAUAUGGUUGCUCCUCCCAUCUUUACUUAAUAUUGAUGAUAGCUGCCACCUUACAUGAUAGCAGUAAACAAAAAAAUUCAAUAUAAACCAUAAAGUCAAAACCUGUGAUACACAUGUUCAUGCCAAAUAGUAAAAUGUCAUAUUAAUAAUUUGAUUGCUUCUCUCGCCAGUUAUUGAUUUAAUUGAUAGCUGCUACCUUAUAUAAUAGCAAAAAACUAAAAUAUUCAAAUAAUCCAGAGUCAAAGUCUGUGAUACACGUGUACAUGUCAAAUAGUAAAAUGUCAUAUAAAUAAUUGUAUUGCUCCUCUCACCAGUUAUUAAUAUUAAUGAUAGCUGCUACCUUACAUAAUAGCAAAAAACAAAACAAUCAGAAUAGUCCACAAAGUCAAAGCCUAUGCUACACUUGUUCAUGCCAAUACAAAGGUGUCAUAUAAAUAAUAUGAUUGCUCCUCCCAUAUUUAUUUAAUAUUGAUGAUAGCUGCCACCUUACAUGAUAGCAGUAAACAAAAAGAUUCAAACAAAUCCAUGAAGUCAAAGCCUGUGGUACACAUGUUCUUUCUAAAUAGUAAAAUGUCAUAUAAAUAAUUUGAUUACUCCUCUCGCCAGUUGUUGAUAUAAAUAAUAGUUGCUACCUUACAUAAUAGCAAAAAACAAAAAUAUUCAAAAUAAUCCAUAAAGUCAAAGCCUGCUGUACACGUGUACAUGUCAAAUAGUAAAAUGUCAUAUAAAUAAUAUGAUUGGUCCUCUCACCAGUUAUUAAUAUUAAUGAUAGCUGCUACCUUACAUAAUAGCAAAAAACAAAACAAUCAAAAUAGUCCACAAAGUCAAACCCCUUGUUACACUUGUUCGUGCCAAUACAAAGGUGUCAUAUAAAUAAUGUGAUUGCUCCUCCCAUCUUUAUUUAAUGUUGAUGAUAGCUGCCACCUUAAUUAAUAGCAAUAACCUUUCGUACUAAAUCAUUCUCAUCGUCAAAGGUACGCUUGAUUGCUUCUUCACGAGUACAUUCACGAACACAACGUGAAUACAUGCCAUAUAAUUAGUGCAACGCCUCUUCUCGACAGUUAUUAAUGACACCAGCCACCUCGCAAAAUGGAGAAAUGAUAGAAAGACCUUGAAUAAUCCACAAAGUCAAAGGCCAAGGUGCACUCGACACUCUCCCACAUGGACACAUGCAGGCAUGCAGCAGAUAUGCCCUAAAAUUAAUUUGAUGGCUCCUCCUGCCAGUUAUUAUUGACAACCACCACCUUGAGUAAUAUAUACAUCUAAAAGACUGUAAAGACUCAAAAAAUAAUCCACAAAUACCAAAGUAAACUUGCACACUCAUGAGCGCCUGCACAUGUCAUAUAAUUCAUAUCAUUGCUUCUCCCACCAGUUAUUAAUGAUAGCCACCACCUUACGUGGCAGAAUAAACCACAAAGUCAAAGCUGUGGCUUACGCACAAGCUGAUGCACACACAUCUCAUGUUAAUACUCCUCCUACAAGUUAUCAUUUUUAAUGAUAACUACCACUUUGCAUUAAAAUAUAUAUAUAGAAAGAUUUGAAAUAAUCCACUUAGUCAAAAGCUCAUGCAGGAGUACACAUAAAUAGUCGCCAUUUAUUAAUGAUAGCAGCCACCUUGCAUAACAGUGACAACCAGAGACUGAGUUUGGGAAACCCUGCUGUAUGAGGUGCGGCUGCAAACGGACAGUGCAGUCUUUCGAAAGUAGUCUGUGUGAAGCUUUAAACCAAAUGUAAUAUGUCAAAAGGCUACGAGAGAUUGUCACUCAUUUCAACCUGCUGCUGGUCAUUGCAGGACUUUUUUGGAAUGUGCACGUGGGACAAAAUAAUCAGUAAAGUCAUGUUCACAUUCAGGGGUUAGGGUCUCAUUUGUUGUGCCCCCCACCCCAAGAGACUUGAUGAGUGGUGAGAAAAGGAGGACUGGGACUGUGGAAUAAUCCAUGUUGCAAUACUUGAUACUCCAACAAGUGGUAUACAAAUGAUAAU